AUGCCGAGCAUGAAGGAUCCUUUCGGCGAGGACGUGUCACUGCUUUACCCAGAGAACCACAAUGGAAAGUAUUAUAGAUUCCCAGGGGAACCGGAAACGCCGAUAAUAAAGGGCGUAGUGAACCAGCUGAGAAAAUGGCCAACAGACUUGUUCUGCGCAUUCUUGGCCGUCUGCUUAAUAAUCGCUAGCCUGGUCUUCUUGGUCCUCAUCACGGUGGCUGUCUGCCUGCCCGCUGUCCUCGCUAACAGGUACAUUUCGAUCACGGAGAUCGAGACGUCGUCUAACGUUUAUUUCUUCAAACUUGGGAAUCGAGACUGGUCCACCAAGGAGUUUUGUUACAUGGAGACCGCGGCACGCAGACAUCCGGAUUUAACCGUUUAUUUGAUAAACUUACUGAAAGAGGAGCCUGUCGUGAAGAACAACGAUCCAAUUGGUAAUAAAACGAGCCUGGAGACAAAGCUACAUGGAUCUUUUACGAAUCCUUCGAUGAACCUGACACCGGAAGAACGAAUCAGGGAACGACUGAGAAUCGAGAAUGGGAAUAUAAAGAACGUUAAUCUGUCGAUCGAGAAGUUCUUCAGGGGUUCAAAGCUAUCUCGGAUCGCGAGAAGUUUGUCCGACGAGGUCCUGGAAAUGGCAGCGAAGGCGCAGCUUCUAUGGAGUGUCCCUGGAAUCGUUAUCAAACCGAACAUGUAUUGCAGUUUAGAUUCUGUGAAACGAUUUCUUUGCAACCAGAAGAAGGAACACUGUCUACCGGACAAACUCGCGACGAUCGAGCCGGAGAACGAUAUUCAAGCCACGGGGAUCCCGUGUCAGGCUUUCAUGGGAUUUCUCGUGGAGGAAAUAUCGAGAAGCAAGUUCGAUGGAUCAUACACGUUAAAAGAAGCUAUCGAGAAAUAUUGUCCAAGAUCAUACUACUGCCCGGAAUUACGGAUUCUCGACAGGAGCAUAAAGUGUCCCUUCGACUCGUUGGACUGUCCAACAGUUCACUCAAGCAAUCUCACGCCGAACGAUCCGAAUUCCUACAACUUCGUCACGUGA